AUGUCGCCUGCUCUCCAGCCCUUUGUCAGCGAAGACAUUGAGAAUGGCGAUGAGCAGACACCGCAAACAGCUGCAGAGCAUCGGCCAAGUUGCAAGGUCGCAGCGGGUGGAGUUCUCCUACUCAUGCUUGCUUUCUGCGUGGCUUUGUGGAUGGGGGGGCGAGCCUGGCAUUUAGAUCAUUCCCACACCCUCCAUGGCGACUUCGAUGCCAUCAACUUCGAGAGCAUUCGUGCCGAGGACGAGUUCUUGAACCUAGGCCCAGGUUCGGUGUGCCGAGGGGACAAGGUCGAUGCCCACCUGGGGCCCACCGGCAAAGAGGGAAUCGUGCUGUCGAACACGGACCCGGCGGCGGAUGGUCAUGGAGUGAGCCGUGAGAAGUGCGAGAAAAAAUGUGCCGAGCAAUCUGACUGCAAGGGCUACGAGCUCGGCCCAGUAAAGGAGCAGCGCUGCGAGCUUUGGGUUGGACUUACCCACCAUGAGGACCUCUUUGAGCAUAACACGGUCUACAGCAACUCCGAAGCUUUGAAGAGGCACGAAAAGCAUUCUCCCCUGGCGGAGUACCACUGCGUCCUCAAAGUCAGCCAUAAUUCCUUCACCAGCCAAUUCGAUCGCUUGGAGGAGGGCUGCAAGAACGACAUGAUUGAGCGGCACGCGCAUGUCCUGCGAGGCCGUCAUGCGAACUUCUCGUUAACCUGCGAGAGCGAGGUGGGAGUACCAGGCCAUCUUCACUGGCACCCCCACCAAUGUAUCUCCAAACGCGACAAGUCAAUUAUCAAGGCCACAAAAAGGCUUGACCAGCUGAUGCAAGGUUGCGAGGGGCCAGCGGCAGGAGGGACGGCCACGCCCACAGAAGAGCCCAGCCCCGCGCCCGUGGCAAAGCCUGCGGCAGGGGGGGUUAAUUGGUUGCUGAUUGCCUUGAUCGUCGUGGCUUGCGUUCUCGUUCUCGGACUCGGGGCCUUGAGCCAACAUCCAGCUGUACAGGCGAAGAUUUUUGGUCCUGCCGACCCGGGUUUGCCAAACCUCAUUGGGUCGCAGCCUGCAGGCAAAGGCCCCCGAGAAGCAGGGGCUGGCUACAAUCCCGUGGAGAACUCCUAG